AUGUCCGACGAGUUUGAACGAUUAAACGAAGUAACUGAAAAGUUCAUCGAAGCACUUACCGCCCGUAUUCAAAGAUCUUCAAGGCCCCGAUCAAUGUAUAAAAGUGUUCCCAAUACCUAUGAUAUACAAGAAGAAAGAGGUAAAGAAGAGGUAGUUUACAUACCUUACCUAACAAUGACGCCCCAAGAAAAAAAUGAAGGAACCAAAGGAUAUAAAAACAUAAAUACGAAAGAAAAAAUGAGACUAAAAAACAAACCUAAAGAAUCGAUUAAGUCGGAACCAAAUGAAUGGAACCAGAAGAAGGAAGAAGAAAUACGAACCUCACCCAUAAAGCUUGAAGACAUCAACGAUGAUGAAACUGACAACAAAAGUGAUCGCGAAAUGUUGGUUGGUGAUGACAGUAGUGAUGAGAAGGUGAACAGUUUUCUAUCCGAAAGGUCUCUGGAAAAAGAAGUCCUGCAACCUUAG